UACCCGCACCUCUACCGGCAUCUCUACUCGUACCUACCCAUCUCUCCCUCGCUGCGCACAAGCUUCGCACUCGUGCCGUUUGUGGCUCCAUUCGGUUCGUUCUCCCCAAGUCCCUGUUCUGCGCACAAUUACGCCUUCAAAUUCAUUUCCUUCUUAAUCACACCUUCUCCCCAAUCACGUUUCCUCCAAUCUAAAUCCCAUGAACACCUCCAUUAUCAUCUCCGAACUCUCCCGACAGGACUUUAUAAAAACCAACCAUCCCAUGUCCCUCGUGGAUCAAAUCAAAUUGGAGAUCUUAAACAUAGAUUACCAGGGAGAUGAAGACUACUAUUUGAACAAAAUAUCCACCUGGUCCAACUUGCCGUUUUUAAGCCGAGUCAUCAUCAUUCUCAAGGAUGAAGAGUCGAGCAAACAGCUCUAUCACUAUAUCAACCUGGAGAUUCGUUCCAAAUAUCACCUCGACCCCGGAGUCAAAGUGACCCUCCAGGAGAACCUACUACAACGAUCCAAAAGUUUUGACGGUAGUACGGCCGAUGACGACUCGCUUUCGGUCAACAUGUUAAAGCGGUUCAAGGCAGCCCAUCUGUCGGAGACGGCCAAGUACCAGGAACCCAAACCCCAGAUUUUUGAUGUUUUCUCCAUGCAUAGGCUUGGGUUGCACCCACAGGAGGCCGAUGCCGAGGCUGUCACUGCUAGUGAUGGCAGCAGCAUGGCCCGGUCCCGGUCUAUGACCAGGACCCUUUUCAAGCCCCCAUUGUCGAUAGAGACGAAUCUCCAUUGUCAGAGCUCGAUGCCCUCACCUACCAUCACGUUGGACGAGACGAACUAAUGCUGUUGACAAUGUUCAUCAGUCGUUAAGUAUUAGUCGUUGCAGUAUUUAUUGCCGUAUUAGUCGUUAAAGUAUUUAUUGCCGUGUGUAGUCAUUACAGUAUAUGGUAUCCUAGAUU